UUUGGCAUGUGGCCAUGUUUGUUCUAGAAUCCUACGGAUUAUUUAUAAGUAUUUCACAUUAUGUAUUUAGUAAUAUAGUUAGUUCAGCAGCACAAUGUGAGCAAAGAAUCAUGACAAUAGUCUAUAGUGGUUGGGUCCUACAUAUUCUGGAUCCAGUUAGGUAUAUGUUUGGUGUUCAUAGGAAUACAUGAUUGUUUCUCGUAUAAGCAGCCUAGGGAAUGGGGCAGAGUGUCUGUUUCCUCUCUUGUGCUUUGGUUUCUUCUCUCCUAGGUGGAGUGGAAGAAAAGGACAAGAAUUUCCAACACAGCAAGGAAAAGCUGUGUUUCUUGUCUUUCUCCUCUGAUCUGUCUCUAUAACUCCUGCUGUUGUCCUCCCUUUGGGCCUUAAACUGUGUAUAUGUUGAAAGAAAGUCAUAUCGCCCUUGGUCCUUCAGGAACUUAGAUUUGUGUGAUCAAGUAUGCUAGCUGCAGAUAGCAAUGCAGGGCACAAUAGGCAGUCAACACGCCCCAAAAGUGGCUAUGAACCUUCAGAUACAGAAACUGAGUGGCAUGAUAGCCCUUGGAAUGACGCAAUAUUGAAAUCACAGCGGACUCGGUUGCCUAAAGAUCCUGCUAGGGACCCCCAAGUUGGUACUAGAAGGCAAAAUACAUCUCCGAACCGUGUAAGAGAUUAUCCUGAUGAGAAAACUUCAAGCUUGAGGAAUAAUCGUACUCCUCCCAGGGUCACCGAACAGAGACGCCAUACUUCCCCAUAUGCUGGUGGAAACAAUGAAUCACGCAAGAAGAGCAGCCGGACACCUCCCAGAUUUCGGCCUUCUAUGGAAAAAUUUAGUCGAUCGUCGAUCAAGGAGAGGAUAUCCCGUAGCCGGUCAAUUUCUACACCGAAGCUACGACCUCAUGAGAAGGAGCAUCCUUCUAGAGUUCCUGCAUUCCGUGGCACUCCUGUCUCAACACAGGUAGAAAGAGACUCAAUUGAUGUUAUGAAAGGUGCUUCACAUGCAGAAAAUUGUUCCCCAGAGAUCAAUGAGUUAGUUGCAAAUAGCAAGGGGCCUAGUUCCAAACAUAAUGAGUAUACAUGUACAAGCACAGAGUCUGCAGGUGACAUUUUCUUCUCCCGUGACUGUAGGGCCCCGCUUGCGAAAACAUUAGUAAAGAAUAACAGUAUUGACAAAUCCUUCACCUCUGAUUCAAACGUCGAUGAUGCUGAUGUUACUCAAGCAAAUAGCAAUAAUUUGGGCCGGACAUCACAGUUUGUUUCAGUCAGGACUGGUUUUUCACGAACUACAAACACCAUCUAUGCUAAUGGUCGGCACUCCCAAGUUAGCAGUGGCACCACUUUGAGUAGGCGGUUAAACAGUGACCGGUUUAGUGGGGACAGUGGAAAGUUCAGUGAUUUCACUGGGAAACUAGUUGGAGGCGUCAUGAAAUUCACCUCUAGCAGGCAGAAGACCCAAAAUGAUGCUUGGUUUCCAUGUGUGAUUGGAAAGUCAUGUCGUAAACCAGAACCGACAAACCACAAAACAAAUGAUGAUUCUGAAUCAACUUUUAUUCGGAAGGCACUUGUUGUGGAGAAGAUUAGACUUUUCUGGGCUGAUAAAUAUCGUCCACGGACUUUGAAUGGAUUUACUUGUCACAGGGAGCAAGUUCAACAGCUUAAACAAUUGAUCUCGCCUGAGUUUUGCCCUCAUAUCAUUCUCAAAGGGCCUCCAGGAUCAGGAAAGAGAUCAUUAUGCAGAGCAGUACUCACUGAGAUCUUUGGUGAUUCCUCUCUGAAUGUAUCUCACUAUUUGAAGAGUUGCAAUGCCCAGGGACCUGCAUCUGCCCCCAUUUUUGUCCCAUUGUCAUCAAGUGAUCACCAUGUCGAACUCAAUAUGAGGUCUCAAUCCAAGAAUGCCAGAUAUGCUUUGACAGCUCUGGCAAAUGAAAUGUCAAGUAAGCAUAAAAUCACUGAGAUAUCUGCAACAAAGAACUUCAAAGUUAUUGUUCUCUAUGAUGUUGACAAAGUUAGUGAGAAUAAUCAGCGUUUGAUAAAAUGGAUAAUCGAUUCCUCCUCUGAUUCAUGCAAGAUAAUAAUGACUUGCCAAGAUGGGCCCCAUCUUCUUGAUUCUAUUACAAACCGUUGUAAGCUUAUUAGCAUUGGUGUGCCAAAUACACGUGAGGUUGUGGAGGUUCUCAAUCACAUAUCAAAAAGAGAGAGUUUCGAUCUCCCCGCAAGUUUGGCUUACACCAUUGCGACCCGAUCCGCGCACAACUUGAGGGAGGCGAUAUUAGCUCUGGAGGCAUGCAGAGCUAACAAUUACCCCUUUGUUGAUGGACAAGCUAUACCGCUAGGAUGGGAUGGUGUUCUUGAGGAACUCGCAGCAGAAAUUUUAGAAGAUCCUUCUCCCAAAAGGUUGUUUUUGGUACGAGGCAAGCUCCAAAAACUUUUGGUUGAAUCCGUGCCUCCUAAACUUGUUCUCCAGAAACUUGUAGAGCUGUUCCUGAAGGGAAUCCAUGCUAACAUAAAGAGGGAUGUUUAUUACUGGCACGCCUACUACGAUAAGAGGUUGCCGGCUGGAGCCAGUGCACUGCUGAAACUGGAAGAAUUUAUCGCCAAGUUCAUGAGCAUCCACCGGAAGAGCUUGGCAGCCGAUUCAUGAAGACUCCACUAGACCAGCCGAGAAAUUUGGCAUGCCCGCACGCAGUUCAGCUGAACCCUGCAGCCAGUAUGUAUUUGGUUCACCGGUCAUGGAGCCUGCCGGCGUUCAUAGUAGUAGUAUUUUGGAGUGGGGAAACGAGAUGAAACGAAACGGGGACUUAAACCAAUCCAUUGUGCAGUAAGCCUAUGCUAUGUACAGUACUUGCAUUUGGUCAGUGUCUGUACUCGACGAGUCUAUUAUGCAUUUUCACAUAGGCGGAUUUGAAAUGUGAAAGGAAAUAGAUCUUCACAGGUGUUUGAAGUUUGAGUAUACGUGGAGUCGUUUGCUA